AUGCCCGCUCCGGGCGGCGCGCUGCUGCGCGUGGCCCUGCUCUGCUGGCGGCUGCGUGCCGACCCGGCGCCGCCCGGGGCCAAGCUGCAGAAGGAGUACCUCGGCACCGUCCGGCACCGCUACUUCGGCACGGAGGCCAUCCCCAUGACGAUGGUGGUGACCACUCAGCCGACGAGCGGGUCGACGAUUCAGCGCGGCUACUGGCACACGCAGGAGACGAGGUUCGACAUCACCAUCAAGUGGAAGGGGACCAAGAUCAUCAUAUCCGACGGCGACACGAUCAUCGAAGGAGAGCUGGAUAUGCGGGAGGACGGGGGCGGCGCCAUCGAGGGCAUUGUCAUCCAAAACGGGGAGCGAGGCGGCAGUGCCAGGCUUGUGCCGCAGCCGCUCUGCGAGGACCUCACGCCGAGCCUCGCGGACGGGAGGAAGGUUGACUGGUACGACUCCGGGGGGGAGACCUGCGCCUGGUACGCGCAGCACAACGCGUGCAAGACGACCGCAAAAUCUCGAAGUCCACGAACUUCGGCCUCUCGGCGCAGCAGGCGUGCUGCACCUGCGGCGGCGGCCGCCUGA